AGAAAUCAGACAUGGGACUGCUGCUGCCGAUCAUUCUUGGCUUUCUUGCCGCUCUGAUUGGAGGAAUGUACCUUCUCGGUGUGUUUCGACAGCGGCGCUCAGGAGAACCCCCUUUAGAUAAGGGGCCUAUUCCUUGGCUGGGUCAUGUCUUAGAGUUUCGCAGGAACACCCUGAAGUUCUUAGAGAGGAUGAAGGAAAAGCACGGCGACGUGUUCACAAUACAGCUGGGAGGUUUUUACAUUACGUUCCUGCAGGACCCGCUAUCGUUUGGGUCGCUUGUUAAGGAGAGUCGAGAAAAGCUGGACUUCAGCAAGUUUGCUGUGCAUUUGGUGCGCAAAGUGUUUGGUUAUCACGCUACUGAGGGCGAACACAGUAUUCUCCAGAUUUCAAGCAACAAGCACCUCAAGGGGGAUGGCCUGGAGGUAAUGACACAAGCCAUGAUGGGUAAUUUGCAGAACCUCAUGUUGCACGACAUCGGCUCUGCUGCAGAUCAAAGCGACUGGAUUGAGGACGGACUGUUCAUUUACAGCUACAAUAUUGUUUUCAGGGCCGGCUACUUAUCUCUGUAUGGCAAUGAGCCACACAAGUCAGACGGAAGUGAGGAGAAAGCCAAAGAGAAAGACAGAGCUGAAUCAGAAGCCUUAUUUUACGAGUUUCGUAAAUAUGAUCAACUCUUUCCCAACCUGGCUUAUGGGGUCCUGCCACCGAGGAAAAGGUUGGAGGCAGAGCGGCUGAUGGGAUUCUUCUGGAACAAUCUGUCAGUGCAGAAGAUGAAGACCAAAGACAACAUCAGCCGCUGGGUUUGGGACAUCCAGCAGGCCAAAGAGGAGAUGGGAAUGAAGGAGUCGAUGAUAAACAGGUACAUGUUUGUGCUUCUGUGGGCCUCUCAGGGCAACACAGGGCCUUCUUCAUUCUGGCUGCUCCUCUUCCUCAUGAAACACCCCGAGGCCAUGAAAGCAGUGAAGGAAGAGGUCGAUAAGGUUCUAAAGGAAUUCGGACAGGAAGUCAAACGCGGUGGCCCUUUAAUCAACUUGACCCGUGACAUGCUGAUGAAAACACCGGUCCUGGACAGCGCUGUAGAAGAGACCCUCCGCCUCACCGCUGCACCUCUCCUCACCAGAGCAGUGCUUCAGGAUAUGACGCUGAAGAUGGCAGACGGGCGAGAGUACUUCAUACGCAAGGGUGACAGAAUGGCAGUCUUCCCUUACAUUGCCGUUCACAUUGACCCAGAGAUCCACCCUGAUCCGCACUCAUUCAAAUAUGACCGCUUUCUCAAUCCAGACAGGAGCAAGAAAACCGAUUUUUACAAAGCAGGGAAGAAGGUGAAGUACUACAACAUGCCCUGGGGUGCUGGGGUCUCCAUGUGCCCCGGGCGCUUCUUUGCCACCAAUGAGCUGAAACAGUUUAUUUUCCUCAUGUUGGUUUAUUUUGAGUUUGAGCUGAAGAACCCCGACGAGAAGAUACCUGAAAUUGACUUCAGGCGAUGGGGCUUUGGAUCGAUGCAGCCCGACAGAGACGUUCAGUUUCGUUACAGACUCAGAUAUUAAACCAAGCAAUCGUUGUGAUUUAUCUUCUCUAUGAGCUCUUAUUUGACAGAUAUGUAGAAAACAUGAGAUUCCACAAUAAAGUGUUAUUUUUAUGUUCAUAUCAAUGAUGUGAUGAAAACAUUAUGGAUUUUGGUUAUAGCUAAAUUGUCAGCCAUAUUCCAAAUAAGAACUACAAUCGAUCCCUCCAAGUGUACUGUACACAAAUGCACUGCUAUUAUCUAUGCUUUGAACAUUUUAUGAUAAAUAUAUCUCACUCUGCAUUCUGCUUGUAAAUCAGAGAGCAUUUCAAUCCAAUCAAGAAUAAUUCAGUUAUCUUUGACUAAACAAAUACUGUAUAUUGUUAUAAUAUUGUGAAUAUGACUGCUUCUUUGCACAGCUGUUCCAGCAUGAAAAAAAAUUCAAAAAAGCAGAGAUGCCAUUACUUUAAUAUUGUACAUGUAUUUCUGUUAGAUGGUCUUCAUGAUGGUAGUUGGGUAUCCUUGUUUAACCUUUGUAGCACAAAAAAUGCCUCUCUGUUUGUGUAAUCUUAAAAUCAGAGAGGGACAUUGUUAUCUAGCUUUACUCUAAGGUGGUUGUGCUACUUAAUAUGUCGAUCAAGUACGCAAUCUGUUUUUAAGGUUGCGCAUGCAUGGAACGUCACUGGACUGGUUUCACUUCAAGGUCAUGGUUAAAUGGUGCAAUAAUGCUUGUCUGUUUUUAGAUUAUUUUUCAAGAUGUAAUAAAACUAUAUUUUAUCAAAUGA